AUGGACUCACACUCGGAUGCAAGUGGUACUAAGACGUCCAAGUCCACUGUGCCAGCCACUCCAGCCAACACCCCCCAAGGCAGCAGCCCAAAUGCCUCGAACAACGAUCUACCGAGCCCAAUCUCCCCUCUACAGCUGCCCCCUCCGGCAUGGCCGCAGCCGACACAGCCAGUGUCCGACUCACACUUGGCUCCGGCAGGCACUUCGUCCUCGCACGCCCCACCGUCGCUGACCCAAGCAGCAGAGUCCCAAGCGCAGGGAGAGAACGCCACGGCGCCGACGAAUGGCGUGCCUUCCGCGCCAGCACCCGGCGAGGACCAGGCCCGCGGCCGCCCGCAGCAGCGCCGCGUGUCGAUCGUGCUGCCCUGUCGCCAUCGCAGCGAGGGCGUCCGCCGCGGCCGCGGCCGAGUCCGCGCGCCGUCGCCGUACCCGCGGCCCCGGCAGGUUGGGCCGUCAAACAAUGGCAAUAACUUCGCCGGCCAGCAGGAUGUCAGCUGCUGCACAUCUACACGAUGCAAUUGCUGCGACAGAUCUACACUGUGCAAUUACGGCUACAAACCUACGGAAUGUAAUUGCCGCUGCAGAAGAGCUAGAUAUGAGGAGGAGGAGGAGGAGAGACCGCCGGUGAGCAUGCAGACUCUCGCUGCCAUCUACAAGGGCAGGCUUUACUCGCCGGCGGGGAUAUGUAGUUGGUUGAAGGGCGUGGGGAAAGGGAUUUAG